AAAAUGUGCUGUUCAUACGCUUGAGGACGAGCGUGACGUCACAUGAUUCAAAUACUUUCAUAAACAGCUGUGUCAAGCAGAGACUUUCCCAGUCUGGAGCAGGUGCAUCACAUAUACUGAGGAAUACUCCAACCUUAACACAAUGUUACAAAAGAAUUAUCAAUUGUGGAUUUGACCGAAGUAGGCAGAAUCUGUGUGUGAUCUGCCAAGAUGCAGUGGGCAUUCCUGGUCUCUCUGGUGAUGGCCUCUGCCUUCGCAGUGGUCACGAGCAGCACCUAUGACGAGCUUGAGAAUGAAUACUUGCUCGACAGACUUGUGCGCGAUUAUCCGCGAACCUAUUUAGACCACUAUAUGAGAAGGACGGAAAGACACUACGAUGACCAAUCAUAUUUACAAAGAUCAGAAAGAAAUUCAGCGGAGGAACUAGCGAAAGAACCAGGUAUUUCUAUCAAAUGCAACGACCCCGAGGCAACGACAUUCUUUCAGACACUCGAUCGUAUUCAGCAGGAAUGGAAAAACCACUUGUCCAACGCCAGCUUUAGAUACUCCACUGACGUAAAUGAUGCCAACCAGAAAGCGAUGGCAAAGAUGGCGGUGAAAUACGAAAAGGUCAACGACGCCCUUACGAGAGAAUCAAGAUCGUUCAAUGUGAAAAAACUGGAUCCGUCAUGCGCAAAGAUGCUGCGAUGGCAACAACUCUCUGAUUCGCCACGUAGCGAGAAAGACCGCAGGGAACUGACCGACCUAGGAAGCAAGUUGUCGGCCGGUUACGCCAAUGCUGAGGCAUGCGACAAGGAGACAGGCGAGUGCUACAAGGGAGAGACAGACCUUGUGGCCAUGUUCGCCGAUGUAAACACCGGCUAUGAUAAGCUGAGGUGGGCCUGGGAAGCCUGGGCUAACGCCACGAAACACCUCAAAGAGGAUUAUGUCAAGUUUGUCGAGCUGAUGAACCGAGGUGCGAAGGAAAAUGGUUACAGCGACGAGGGCGAAUUUUGGAGAAUAGGUGAAAUGGACGACAAAGACUUUGUCAAAAAGGCUUUCAAGAUCUGGGAGAAAGUGAAACCCAUGUAUGAGCAGCUUCAUGCGUAUGUUCGACACAAGCUGAUGGAGAGAUACCCUGGAAAGCUUGAACCCAAAAAGCCUAUUCAAGCACAUUUACUUGGAAACCUCUGGGGACAGCAGUGGCAGAACAUCUUACCCAUAGUUAUCCCGUACCCAGAGGCGCCCCUGACGGACGUCACAGACAACAUGAAGUCGCAGGGCUACACUGUCAAUAAGAUGUUCCGCACUGCAGAAGCUUUCUUUCGCUCAAUCGGUCUUUACAACAUGACGGAUAAGUUCUGGGAGAGGUCCAUGUUUGUUGAACCCCCAGAUAAGGUUGCUCAGUGUCACGCCUCUGCUAGUGACCUCUUUGACAAAGAUAGGGACGACUACAGGAUAAAGCUCUGCGCGAAAGUCAGCCAAAAUGACCUCUUGACCAUUCACCACGAGAUGGGACAUGUUGAGUACUACAUGUGCUACAGGAACCAGCCAGUGCCCUUCAGGAGUGGCGCCAACACGGGCUUCCACGAGGCUGUGGGAGACACCAUUGCCUUGUCGGUCAUGACACCUGGGCAUCUCCAGAAGAUCGGCUUGGCGACUAAGAUGGGUGACAGCAAGGAGAUGGCGGAAAAGCGUUCCAUCAACUUCUUAAUGCGAGUAGCCUUAGAGAAGCUCGCCUUUCUUCCCUACGGUCUUCUCAUUGACACUUGGCGAUGGUCAGUGUUCAAUGGCUCAGUCGGUCCCAACGAGUACAACCACAAAUGGUGGGACCUGCGGGUGAAGAUCCAGGGACACAUGCCGCCAGUGGAUAGAGAUUCGAGUGAUUUUGAUCCCGGCUCAAAGUACCACAUCCCUGAUAAUACACCUUACAUAAGAUAUUUCGUUAGUUUCCUGACUCAGUUCCAGUUCCAUAAGGCUCUGUGUGAAUUAGCGGGCCACCAGGGGCCGCUACAUGACUGUGAUAUUUACAAAUCAAAGGCUGCCGGCAAGAAGUUCAAGGAGAUGUUAUCUUUAGGUUCGAGCAAGUCCUGGGAAGACGCCAUGCAGAUUCUGACUGGGAAGAAAUAUAUUGACGUCACAGCUAUAGAGAAAUACUUUGAGCCACUCAUCAAAUGGCUGAAGGAUGAAAAUAAGAAAAAUGGAAACUAUGUUGGUUGGGAAACUACCAAUUUAGGAGUGAAAUAUUAGGAUUAGAGGAUUUUAUGCCCGGUAUUUUACGAUAAUUGCUUUCAGUGCUAGGAAUGUGACUAUCCAUUUAGGGGAUGUGUGAAAGUGUUGCCUCUGUGUGCAGGAAAUCAAAGACUACCUAUUUGGAACGAAUGAUUCAAUACAGAACCAUAAAAUAAAUCAUGUAAAAAUAACGGGGACAAGGUUAUACCUAAAAACUAUUUUUGGGUCAAAAUAUUCGGAAUAACGGUUGUUUCUGAUGACAGUGGGGUUGGUUCGAGUUAUAGGAAUGGUAAAAUCUUGUAGAAACCCUAUUCUGGUCGAUAUGUAAAAUGUACUUAGGGAUUUUUUGUGUCUUAAUGUACAAGUAUGGGCUGACAGCAUGGAUUUGUAAUCUAAUACUCCGUUGGUUUGGGAUAUUCAGGGCCUAACUCACUUUACAAGGUUGGGGUAUCGGGGUGGUGGUAUUGUAUAACGAUUACAUAAACUGUGCUGCAUUAUUAAGGUGAUUACUACUUGCCCUCUCCUCGACAAGCGCAACAAGAGGAGUGUCAGCGCUUUCCAGCCAGCAAGAGAAUUAGUAUAUAUCUGAGCAUAUAAGACAGGCAAGUCGGAGUCCCGAGCAUCUCAUCGUCCACAUUGCCGAGUCGUUCGCUAUGGCCCUCUUAUGGCUUACCUACGCUGCAGCUGCUGUCUGGGAGAUCCUUGCGCCUGCACUGGAGCCAGACGGCGUCAAAGCGCGAGACGGCAACAUAGUGUCACCUUAAUUUCCCGUCUCAUUGGACUUGCGCGGUGAUGCACUCAUUUUAUUGGUGAAUAUUGUCAUGAGAACAGUACAAGCACCUAACGAAAAAUUCAAUAAGUACUCGAGCAAUUUCUCUCGUGAUGACGUUGGUCAAAGUCUGUAAGUUGAGGGGGAAAUAUUAAAUGGUAAUGGUUUGA